ACUAAAUGUCAUCUUCAACAUGUUAAAUAAGAAGAAACACAAAACUAGAGAUCUCUACACGUGACAGCGGCACGGCGCUAUAUGAGUGGGGGGAAGCAGCAAAGCAUCAGGACCAGUUGAGAGUCAGUCAGAGCUCAACCUCAGCAGCGCGCAAAACGCAGACUCACUCACUCACUCACAGUCAGUCAGUCAGUCAGUCAGUCAGUCACCGGCUCUCAUUUUCCGCUUUAAAGAAAUCAACACAUGUGAGUUUGUUUCUGCUGAGCUGCAGGACGCAGGACAGGACAAACUCGAGUGAGGAAACGCAGGUAAAACGGAAUCUAAGCUUUUUUUUUUUUUCAGAGAGGAGGAAAGGAAACCCACACACACUCUCUCAAACACACACACACACACACACACCCCUUCACCGCGACCACCUUUUUCCUCCUCCUCGGACCUCUGUUCUCUUCUGGAGACACAAGUUUCUCACACAAGAGGGAUGCUGCAUGUUCCCGAGCCGCACUUGCACUCAGAGGGAACCUAAAAGUGGAACCAGAGCGGAAUUACACUCCAUCUGAUGCAAGCGCACCAAAACGGACACUUUUAGUGACUGGAGGAUCAGCGCGCUUCAUAAAAUGAUCCCAAUCGGCGACGUGAUAACAUGUCGCAUCUCGUCUGAUGUUUGACACAUUUGGGGAUCGACUAAAGAAACUGGAGGAGAACAUUACAAAGUCAGAGAAUUCAUCCCGAGCCACGCUGGUACCUUUUUACUGGAGUCCGAACAACAGAUCGCCGUCCAGAUGCAGUUUCGACUUUUCUCAUUUGCCCUGAUCGUAUUGAACUGUAUGGAGUACAGCAACUGUCAGGCGCCGUCGCAUCGCUGGAGGAGAAGCAAAAGAGCUAGCUAUGGAGCGUACCCCAUCUGUAAAGGCUGCUCGGUGUGCUCCAGGGACAACGGCUGUGUGAACUGCCAGCCCAAACUCUUCCUGUUUCUGCGGAGAGAGAGGAUGAGGCAGUAUGGGGAAUGUCUUCACGACUGUCCAGCCGGAUACUACGGCAUGCGCAGCCCUGAACUCAACAUGUGCUCCAGGUGCAAGAUAGAUAACUGCGAGUCCUGCUUCAGCAAAGACUUCUGCACCAAGUGCAAGUCAGAUUUUUACCUACACAAAGGGCGCUGCUUUGAUAAGUGCCCCGAGGGCUUUGCCCCGCUGGAGGACACCAUGGAGUGUGGAGAGGGCUGCGAGGUGGGCCAGUGGAGCGAAUGGGGAGCCUGCACCAGGAGAAACAAAACCUGUGGCUAUAAGUGGGGUCUGGAGACCCGGACGCGACACAUUGUAAAGAAACCACCCAAGGACACAAUACCCUGUCCCACCAUCGCUGAGUCCAGGAUGUGCAAAAUGGCCAUGAGGCACUGCAGGAGAGGUGGCACAGGGAAGCACCGAUCCAAAGAACCAAAGAAGAAGAAUAAGCAGAGGCUGCGGUUUCGGGCCCAGAACCAGCACAGCGACCACUUGGCCUCUGCGCGCACCAGCCAGUGAGGACUGAAACUACGGACUUCCCAUUGAACAAAGAACCAACGCAAAGCUGCUAGCUGCUGCUGCACCCAUAUUCUGACUGACGACUAUCCUGAACCCCACCACCUCCCCACCUGCUUCCCAGUCCAAACCCACCACCCAUCCCUGCCCUCCAGGACAAAACCAUGACUCACAAGUCCGUCACUACGAAAAUAUAUGUCUAACUUACAAUAUCAGUAUCAACACACUAAACACAUGCUUCAUGCCUCUGCCUCCCGCUGCUUCUCCCCCUGCUGCAG